AUAACUCAAAAUCAUCGGUUAGUAAUCACAUUAUAAGAUAUAGACAAUUUCAUAAACCUUCAUUAAUUGAAAUAAAUACCGAUGCCUUCAGUGAGAGUGAACAUGAGCAUAAUUAUUUAUCACUUAUGAAUGAAUUUCAACGUAAACCAACUGAUAUCCCUUACACUGACAUCAAUGUCAUUACAAGGAGAUUAUUUAUUACAGAGAGUACAAAACUUAUGACAGCCUUAUUCUUUAAUGAAUUACCAGGAGAAAGAGGGCAAGCAGAAGAAAAAGGCAUAAAAAUUGGCGUUUUUUCAAAAACUACAAUGGAAAAUGAUUUAUUCAUGAGAAGACAACGUCAUAGUGUUGUUGUUGGUGGUGGUGGUGGUUUUGAUUACUAUGGAGAUGAAUGUGAUUAUCAUCAUCAACAAUUUAUACUUUCUUUGCCAAGAUCUUCAUUAGAUGAUUUAUAUGUGGAUGAAUUUCAUGUGAAUCAUGACCGU